GCGUCUCCUGCCCGCUGCAUUGUGGGCCAGUGGCGGAUCAGUUUUGCAGUUGGUGACGGAGGACAGGAUGUCGGUGCAUUUAAUUAUGUUAUAUCCAUGUGAUUUUUAAUUAUUAUUAUUAAUAAACAGCGGGAUAGAUACCCCAAAACCAUGAAGUUACUCAGCAAGGACAUAGAAAAAGACAAUUGCGGUCAAGUGGCGCUGGUGGCGGAGGAACCUGAAGACAUGUGGCACACCUACAACCUGCUGCAAGUGGGGGACAGCUUACGGGCCUCCACGAUCAGGAAAGUCCAGACGGAGUCGUCCACGGGCAGCGUGGGCAGUAAUCGCGUCCGCACCACGCUGACCAUCUGCGUGGAGACGAUCGAUUUCGACUCCCAGGCCUGUCAGCUGAGGGUCAAAGGGACCAACAUCCAGGAGAACGAAUACGUCAAGAUGGGUGCCUACCACACUAUAGAGUUGGAACUGAACAGGAAGUUCACUUUGGCUAAGAAGCUGUGGGACAGUGUGGUGCUGGAGAGAAUAGAGCAGGCGUGUGACCCCGCUCAGAAGGCGGAUGUGGGCGCCGUGGUGAUGCAGGAGGGUCUGGCCAAUAUCGUUCUCGUCACGCCCGCCAUGACACUGGUGAGGGGCAAAGUGGAGCAAACCAUUCCCCGCAAGAGGAGGGGGAGCUGUGCACAGCACGACAAGGCUCUUGACCGUUUCUACGAUGCUGUGAUGCAGGGAAUCCUGAGACACAUCAACUUCGAGG